GACGACCGGGACGCUAGCGCCCCCUAGUGAAGUGUAUCAACGUCAUACUCAUCGCGCUCACACCAUUAGUCUAAGAAGCUGAAACGUUGACGCCAAAAGUUCCUGUUGCUUUGUCUUCUUUCGCUGUUAAGCAUCAUGUGUUCUUCAUCGAAAGGUUGUGUCUGGUGGUGGAUUGCGGCACUGAGUGUACUCGUUGAAAUAUUGGUCUUUACAGCCGCACAAAACGUUAAUGUUCAAUCUGGGCACGAGAGGAACGUUGCUCGAGGGAGACCUUGCAAUCAAAGUUCAGUUUGGAAAAAGAAAUACGGUGUUUGUGGAGGUGCUAUAAAUGGACGAAAGGAGAAAUAUACUUCAAAUGACGAGAACACAAACUGCAUACACACUGACGCUGGUGACCCACGCCCUUGGUGGACUGUGUAUUUAGCACCAAACAUCUAUAUUCACAAGAUCAACAUCUUCUCACGCUCUGACAAUAAGGAACGAAUGGCAAAAGUUUCUAUCUACUUGGAUGAAAGACUUUAUGACAAGAUCAAGGAUUGUGAUGCAACGAAUUGUAAAGUAGAGUACACUUGUAUCUUUAAGACAACGCAAGUUCAAAAAGCACAAAGUGUAACACUCGCAAACUAUGAAACAAAUCCUGAGAGUUUAAACAUAUGCGAGGUGGAAGUCUUCGCGUGCCAAAGCGAUAGGUAUGGUCUCAAUUGUGAAAAGAUAUGUGAUUCAAGGUGUAAACCUCUAGACGUCACCUGCGACAGAUUAACUGGUAGCUGUAUAGAGUGCAAAAACAACGAUGUUUGGGAUGAUAUAUGUGACCAGCCGUGUUCUGAAGAGUGCAAACGUCAAGACGUCACCUGCAACAGAAGUACUGGUGCCUGUAUAGAGUGCAAAAACAACGAUGUUUGGGGUGAUACAUGUGACCAGCCGUGUCCUGAAGAGUGCAAACGUCAAGACGUCACCUGCAACAGAAGUACUGGUGUCUGUAUAGAAUGCCCUGAUGGAAAGUGGGGAGACAACUGUACGGAUGUCUGUGGAGCUGGGUGUGAAGAGACCAACUGCCACUUGAACGGAACGUGUACAUGCAGGUCACACUGGAUGCCUCCAAAGUGUGAUGUUUGCAAGCAUGGAAAGUGGGGAGAGGACUGCCUGAAUGACUGUGGAGAGGGCUGUGAGGACGGAAAGUGUGACAUGACUAAUGGGCAUUGUAAAUGUAAAACAGAAGAACUGGUGGCGCCACUGUGUGGAGGUUGCAAUCCUGGCAAGUGGGGAAAAAACUGCGAGAAUGACUGUGGAGCUGGUUGUGAAGGUGAAACGUGUAACAAGGAUGACGGGACUUGUAACUGCCUACCAGGCUGGGGAAAGUCUGGUACACAGUGUGACGGUCGACCAUGCGAAUGUGGAGAAGAAUGCACAACAAGUAGAAAAUACAUUUUCGCUGAUGUUUCCCGUAAAGUAAACGUCGCAAUAGGUAAACCAUCAAAGGCAAGUACAAUUAAAAAAGUAGACAAUGAUGAUUCAUGCCUUGCCAAUGAUGGCUACUUAUCAACAUCAGAACUCACCACAUGUAUGUCUACUGCUGAAGGCGAUCCUGCUCCUUUCUGGGAAGUCGAUCUAGAGGAAAAGUAUGAACUUGCUGGAAUCAGCAUCGACUUUGACAAUGACGAUAAAAUGAAGAGGUCAGGAAUCAGCAUUUUAUUGGAUGGUAAAGAGAUUUUUGUUACCAAUGAUGAAACACCUGAUCCAGUUUAUAUUCCUAACAAUAAGAGAAGAAAAUGGACUGGACAAGUUUUGAAGCUGAGGAGAAAAGGUCGUCGUACAGAUCCACUAAUGAUAUGCGAAGUCGAAGUGUUCAAUUGCAUGCCAGGAUUUUAUGGCUAUGAAUGCGAAGGAAUCUGCGAGAAACCAGUUUGCGACAAUGGGAAAUUUUGCAGCCGUAUAGAUGGGUCAUGCAAAGAGACGGUUGAAGUUAAAGAGACCACUGACUGUUCUCCGUUGAUCCUUGUAGCGGGUUAUGUCGUUGGCUUUCUCAUCAUCUCACUCUUCAUCUUUGCUGCAAAAGUUAUUCCGUAUAAAAAGAAGCCUAAACGUGAAGCUGUGAAGAAGGAAGCUGAAGGUGAUAAAGUAGAGGGAAAAUCUGAAGGUGAUAAAGAAGAGGAAGGAGCUGAAUCUGGAGGUGAUAAACAAGAAGAAUCGCAAGCUGAAAGUGGAGAAACAAGUGAAACUAGAGAGAAAUAAUCUCAGGUGUAAAGGGGAUGACAAAACGUGUUACCUCUGAUGUGAGGACGUUUUCCUUGUUACAAUUGAUGCUGUGCUUAAAAAUGUUGCACAUAUUUUUAUGAAACAUAAAAUAGUGCCCGCGGGAUCUGAAAACUAAAUGCCGUUUCUCGAGUUCCCCAUUUUGCCCUAGGAGGAACAUCUUACUCUCGCUUCAUGACUUCGGCCCCUGUAGGCUAGUACUAUACAGAAAACAAUAGGGUGCAAGGUUUUAUAUCGUUUGUUGUUAUUCGGCUUAGUAUUAGCAUUUCAUGUUUACAUGGUUAGAGUCAAUUCUAUCAAACAUUAUUAAGUGCUAUUAUCGUUAAAGGUUAUUGUUUUAUAUAGUUAUUAUUGCAACUGUGUUUCUGUUUCCUCUUGCUUAUUAUAACAAACACACACACAGAAAGAGAGAGGGAGAAAGAGAGGAGGGGAGGAAAAUGAUCCCUCUAUUAUUAAGUUAUCACAGAUUCUUUUAUACGCGAAAAAGAACGUUGUAACACCAUAAAUCAUAACAAUCAUAUAAUCUCCCUAAGUAAAAUAAUCUUCCCAAGGCAAAGAUAACUCAAUAAUAGUCAACUUGAAUUGUUCAGUUAUGUAUGAUGAUGUUUAAAGAGGUAAAAUUAAACUGUUUGAUUGUCUAAUUAGUUAUCAAUAGCUAUAUAUAUAUAUGCUUCAAAUGAUUAUAUUUAUGGUCAAAAUAUUAACUUCGGUUUAUUUCUGGUCACUGAGAGUUCCUCAGAUUUUCUAAACAAAAUGUAGAUGGUGUCCAGAUUUGACCAUAUUGUCACAAAAAACAUUUUAUACCCAUACAUAAGGAACAAGUUUGAUGUGUAUGUAUGAGCAACAGUGAAAGGCAGCUAUUUCCAAACUAAUACAUCUAUGACAAAUUUGCUAUGCAAGUUGCAAGGCAGUGAACUAAGUUACUAUACCUAUAAAGUUGGAAAGUGCAGCUUCGAAUAUAUGUUUACAGAAAUAGUUUAGGUACUUGGAAAUGCUCCAAACAUAUAUUUGACAUCUCUUAAGCAGUCAGAAGGAGAAUGUCUGAGAGAAGAGCCCCGAAAAAAAUAAGGAAAUCAGAAGCAAACUCAUAGACAUGCACACUUCCAUUUGCAAUGCUACGAGAGAAAAAAAUUCUUGCUGUUUUGAAUUUUUGAUUAUAAUAUUGUUGAAAUAGUUGAAUUAAGUGGAUUAUUGAAUUCAUUUACAGUUUGAAAAGUUUUGUGACAUUAAUGUUGUCAAAAGGUUGAAAACGUUAAAAUAAAUGUCUUUCAUUGAAACGUU